AUGUCGGAGGCCCAUGCCAGAUCGUCGGGCGCAUGGUCCGUCGCUUCGACCACCCCCCCGGAUGAUCGCGGUCUAAAGGGGCUCCUGCCGGGAGCCGGGACCGGGAAUCCAGCCUCCGAUCUGUCUGGGCCGCCGCCGCCGGUGCAGCCGCUUUCCCCGGGUGCCCUUGAGCCCGGGCUGCCGAUCCUGCCAUCGGUGUACCAGUUUUCUCUCUACCCCCUCGGUCAUCCGCAGCCGGCCGGCUCGACGGAUGACACAUCUGCCUCCUGUCUGGCGGACCAUGCCAAUUGCCGAAGCAUGCCAAGCGACAUCACCACUCCGGUGGUCCACCCCCGGACGCCUGGCCUGGCUCCCCUCCCGACGACGGUUCUCCCCCCGCGCCCGAUCAACCACCAUUACCACACCUUCCAGUUUGAACAUAAGUCCUCCCUGGGCCAGGGGCCCGACGACACCAUCGAUCUGAUUGUCCCGGGGCUAUACCUGUCCGGAGUGGGGGGGGCCUGUUCGCGGGAUCGCAUCGACCGUCUCGGCAUCCGGACCUUCCUGAACCUGAGUAUGACGGCCGAAACGCGGACUCCCUAUCUGGUGGGAUCGCCGGGUGCACUGUGCGCCCCGAGCUCCGAGACAUUCGGCGUCUGCCGACAUGCCGGACCGGGGCUCGAGUGUGCCUAUGUCAGCCCUUCGGCCGCCGAGCGCCAUGGGAAUACCUGUGCCUUUGAUCGGCCUCCCAUUGUGGAAGCAGACCCGAGCCUGCAGUUCCGAGCCAACCCCGGGCAGAUGGACAUGCUGGCGCAUGGACGCUUUCGCCAGCACCGCAUCAAUCCCUACCGGCCAACGAUCAUCCCGGCCGCCGAUGAGGGAGCCCCCUACACCUUCCAUUGGCUGCCGAUCGAGGAUCGCGCGCAGCAGCUUGUCCUGCCGGUUCUUCCGGCCACGGUCAGCCUGAUUGCCGCGUGCCUGGAGCGCGGCGAGCCGAUCCUGGUCCACUGCAAUGCCGGGGUCUCUCGCAGUGCCACCGUUGUUCUGGCCUUCCUUAUUUGCCAUUUCGGUUGGACCCUGCGCUUCGCCAUGGACCAUGUGGCUGCCUGUCGGCCGAUCGCCCGGUGCGUGUGCUUCCCGGCAAUUGCCCUGCCUUCUCCAUUCGCCUGGGUACACUGA